AUGAAAGCCGCUUCUACUGCUGCUGCUUCUCGUGACACUGGCACGAACAUGCAAAACAAGAGAGUGAUGAGGAAACCAAAAGCUGUCAGGUCAGCGACUACUGUAGCAGCACGUCGGAAAGUUCCAGCUACCGUAACUUCUGCUAAGAAGAAGGUACAAGUUGUGGAGCCAAUUCAAGUGGAUGCUCGGAAAAUAGCGGAAGCGGAGAAGAAAUUGAAUGCGAUUCAAAUUCAUAAGGAUCGGUUGAAAGAUCGAGCGGAUAAACUGAGUGGAGAACUGACAAAAACUCGAAUUGAAUUGAAUGCAGCUCAACAGGAAAGAGGAAGAAUUCAACAGUUUUGGAAGAUAGCUGAAAAUGGGUUAGAUGAGGAAAGAGAGAGGACGAGAGAUGUUGAGAAGAGUAUGUUCGAAAUGAAGACUCAGCAGGCGAAUCAAGUUCAACGACUUCAACAAAGAAUCCGAAGUUUGGUAUUUCAUGCGAAAAUGAAUCGAAAUGCUGGAACACAAUCAGAACCAAUUGCUCCAAGUGGUGGACUGGAAAGUGUUGAAUGUCAGACGAUGGAGGAGUUGACGAAGGAGAAAGCAGCGAAUAUCCUGAGACAAUCUGAUGAUUUGUUGGUUGCAUUCAUUGCAGAGUUGGAGAAAGAGAAGUUGGAGGCUCAGAGUGAUUUGAAAUAUGCAAUUGUUCACUUGGAGCAACGAAUGAAAGAAGAACAAGAGACACAAAUGGAAGCGAUGAAAGAAGAAAGAGAGAUUGAGAUUGAGGAGAUUGGGUUGAAACAUAUGGAGCAGAUAAGGACAAUUGAGUCGGCGAAUAGUGAGCAGACGGCUAUGAUGCAGGGGAAAAUCGAUUUCUUACAGAGCGAAGUAUCAACUCUUCGCGAACUUCGUGAUUCUCUAUCAGCUGAUCUUGUGGAAAGUCGAGAGAAGUUGACGGAUCAAGCGAUUAUAUUAGGGCAGAAUCAAGCAAAUAUAGACGAGAUGAGCAAGGAAAUAGCGAGACUUCAGGACUAUAAGAAAAACUUUCAACGGGACAUCAGAAACGUUGAAAAUAUGCGAAAAGAAGUUGAAAAGUACAAAGAACUCAAUGAUAUCAUAAUGGGAGAAUUCGAGAAAAUCGAGAAGGAGCGAGAUCAAUUAUUGGGAGAAGUUGAACGAAAUUUGGGAAGAUUGGAAAUAAGUAAUCAACAAAAGUUUGAGAGAUUAGAGGAUCGAGGAAAACGAAUUUGA